CCAUUUUCAUUUUCAUCUCCUCACAAAAACACACUUUCACAGAAACCCUAUCCUAGCCGCCGCCAUGCCUCCAAAGUUCGACCCAUCUCAGGUCGUCGACGUCUACGUCCGUGUCACCGGCGGAGAAGUUGGCGCCGCAAGUUCUCUAGCUCCCAAAAUCGGUCCAUUGGGUCUCUCUCCAAAGAAAAUCGGUGAAGACAUUGCAAAAGAAACCGCUAAAGACUGGAAAGGCUUACGUGUCACAGUCAAACUAACAGUCCAAAACCGACAAGCAAAAGUUUCUGUCGUGCCAUCAGCAGCAGCUUUGGUUAUCAAAGCAUUGAAAGAGCCAGAAAGAGAUAGAAAAAAAGUGAAGAAUAUUAAGCAUUCUGGGAAUAUUAGCUUUGAUGACGUCAUUGAGAUAGCUAAAGUGAUGAGACCAAGAUCUAUGGCUAAGGAACUUGCAGGGACAGUUAAGGAGAUUUUGGGAACAUGUGUUAGUGUUGGAUGUACCGUUGAUGGAAAAGAUCCUAAAGAUUUGCAAGAAGAGAUUGCUAAUGGUGAUGUUGAAGUUCCUUUGGAUUAGUUAUGGUUUUUAUGAUGCUUUUGAAAAAGAACUUAAGUUAGUGUCUUUUUAUUUUUAAUGUUGGAUUUAUGUCAUGCUGUGUUGGUACUUAUUUUGAGAGAUUUUGAGGUCAUGGAAGUAUGGUUUUUAUUAUAUUAGGAUGAUGUUGGUGAUAUUUUGAUA